AUGAAGGUCCUGGCAUUAUUUCUCGCUCUGGCUGCAAUCCUGUCGUCAUUCACCACAUCGGGAAACUCCGUCCAAUACUACUGCGGUAGAAGACUUUCAGAAGCUUUGGCGUACCUUUGCACAGAAGAUGUUGACAAGAGAUCUUCCAACAGUAUUCCUGAUUACGAAAUGUAUAGUUGGUCUCUACCAGCUCUCCCGAAGUUCAAGGCUCUAGAAAGCGUCAGGGGCAAGAGGCAAGGCGUCGCCACAGAAUGCUGCGAGAAGGCCUGUACGCUAUCUGAACUGCUAAAUUACUGCUAG